CCCUGGAAGCUCCCUCUCCUUCCACAGUGGUCCUGGCGUUCUCCACUGUCAUCCGAGAUCCUCCUCCGCCUCUCACUGUUUACCCACCAUUCGCCUGGCAACCGUCUGCAUGCUCAGGAUUACCAGAGGCCUUUUCUUUCAACGCCACCAUCUCUGCAUUUCUUCAACUUGCUUUCUUUGGGAAUCAGGGGGGUCUGGAGAUCUGAAUUGAGAGGGACUGCAGAGGAGAGUUGGGACUUAGGCUUCCCACAUCCCUGACUCCUUCUCCUCUCUUCUUGCUUGUUGUUUGGGAAGUUUUGGUUGAAUUUGACAGGCUGGAGUGGGGAUUUGGAGGACUCUCCACACCAUGGAUCACUCUCUGUUUGGUUGUGUAUGCAGCCCUCACACUGUAGCCCAGGGCCUUCACGGUGCCAUCACCCAAUCGCCACUGACCCUGCAUGGCCGGAACGAUCACGUCUCCUACCUGGAUCUACCCAGCUCCUCGCCCCCCUGUGCCUACUCUGGAGGAGAAGACAGUGGAGUGUUUGGUGGUCUAGCCCACCGAGGCCACCUGCCCCAGCAGCAGCACCCCCCCCACCCUCAGCACUUGCCCGGCUGGCCCAUCCCCAUGCAGAUGCCCUCACCUAACGCUCGGCACGGCAUCUGCUUGCAGCAGCUUGAAGCCACAGCCCCAGAACUGUGUGGUGCCAACCCCGAUUUGGACAGUGGGGACCCCGCUGGGGAGACCUGUGGGUCUGGAGAAUAUGGCCAGCAGAGUCUGUCUUCAGAGGACCCAGACAGAAGGAGUAGUAAAGGCAAGAAUGAUAGCUCAGAUUCCCAAGAAGGGAGCUUUAAGUCAGACAUGAACAGCAAGCCCAGGAAGGAGCGCACAGCCUUCACCAAAGAACAGAUCCGGGAACUGGAGUCAGAGUUUGCACACCACAACUAUUUGACGAGACUAAGACGCUACGAAAUAGCUGUCAACCUUGACCUCACGGAACGACAAGUGAAGGUGUGGUUCCAGAACAGGAGGAUGAAGUGGAAGCGUGUGAAGGGAGGCCAGCAGGGGGAAGCAGCACGGGAGAAAGAACUGGUUAAUCUGAAAAAAGGAAAAUUACUGCCUUCUGAGUUUUCAGGGAUAAUAGGAGUGCAGUGUUCUGCCAUCUCGCUGAGGCCGGCGACCGAGGAGGACAGCCACGACAGCGACCAGAGCUCGGAGCAUCCUCACCUAUGACCUUUCAUGAUGUUAUUGGACAGGACAGAAACGAAGGAAGCAGCUUGCUAUGAGCAAAGCCUCCCAACAGACAAUACAAUGAGACUCAGAGAACAUUCCAGAGAUGCUUUGAUGAAAGGGCUCGGAUUUUGCACUGUCAAGGAUUUGGUUCAGUCAAAUUCUACUGUACUUCUUUGAGCAGUCAGUACAAAAAUGUUUACGUUGUGUGUACAAUGAACUGAACUGAAAGCAUUCAUGCUUUUGAAUGUUAAUAAUUUAUCAAAAUCCCAAGACUGCAGCCACCAUAAACCCAAACUUCUCAAGAUAUUUUUUUGCGUUCUAAAAUAAUGUAACUGAUGUAACUCAUUAUUUUACCCCCCAAAAGGUCCCUGCUCAGGGGUAGUACUUUCCAUGUUAGUUAGCUACAUGCUAACGCCAACUGCUAAUGCUAACCGCUAAUGGUAUAGAAUUGUGGUGUUUGUAAGGCAAGGGUUGGCUAAAUCGAUUGUACGAAAUGAUAUUGUGUUAAUGUCGUUGCAGUGAGACAGAAGGGUUUUUGUUCAACAUGUUUUUCAGAUUUUGUCAGGCUGCAGAGAGUAGUGUGUUUACCCCUGCCACCACUAGCAGCCCUCGGCCCACGCCUCCUGCUGAAGCACACAAACGCUGUAUUUUGCACAUUUAUAUUUCUGCAGAUAAAUAAAUAGUUGUGAA